AUGGCUACCACUGACAAAAAGAGCAAAUCAGGCUUGGGCAGAAGGAACACAUUCCAAAAAAUGCUUGAUCUGGAGCAGAAGAAUAAGGUCAACCGUAUGCGAGCCUCUUCCACCUUUCCAGCCGCACCUACAAGUACACCUCGAAGCCCACCGCCUCCGAGGUCGAAUUCGAGCCAGAGCCCUCUAUUACCCAUGCCAUCGAUGGAUCGUGCGAUGACGGCUCCGCUUUUGACUCUUCCUAUGCCACCUCCGACGUCUUCGAGCAAUGGUGUCUCGACAAAAUACGUGGUGAAGUCUAGUGGAGUUGUGGUUCGCCAAGAGAAAGAAUCGAGUGAUGCUGAAUCAAAUGCCUCCUCGAUUUGCCGUUCACCUGGUUGGGAAGACUAUAAUGGAAAGAAAAGAAAACAGGCAAAGGAAGAAGAAAGAGAGCAGAAGAGGAGGGAUACGGAAACAACAAAUGGGCAGGUUCCGCAUACACAGCAGGCGCGAAAACCCGAAAAUCCAAGCACGCAAAGUCCAAAUCGUUUGAGCAAGGCGCCGUCCCCGAAUAAGAGGCUCACCAAGAUGGCUAUCUCAACGGAUCGGUCUGCGUCCGCUCCGACAAUACCGACUUUGCCCACCAUGGCAAGAGGCAAUGUGAAAAAGGAGGACAAGACAGUGUCAGAGAAGGCGAAGAGGGGCAGUCUUGAUAUUGGCUUGAAAGGAUUAAGAUCUGCUACACAAGCGAUUGCAGUUCCUUGGAAGUCGUCACAGAACUCCUCGUCCUCAAAUAUGCCCAUAGAAGACGUGCCAUCAACGAGGAAAUCCUUCUCGAGGAAACCAGGGGCUUACAAUGAUGGAGGCUUCAUUGGCGGGCUCAAACUUGAGCAGUUCAGGCAGACCGAAACUGUUGUAACGCAGCAAAACAAAGAUGAGCCUAAAAAGGUUGAGUGGAAUGUUGAAGCCCAGGAACUCUCGCAUAGCGACAGUGAUCCAACCGCACGAGGAGCUGGUGUCUCGAGUAGCGGCAUGUCUAUGGCGGGUUCUUUUCGUCCUAUUUCGAUACAUGAAGAUUCAGUCCAAAAUCCGCAGCAAUGGGAUACAGCCUAUGCACAAGCUACAAUUGCAGCUCGUGGUCUCGAUAGUCCUGCAAAGGCCGCGGAGGACAACACCCCAAUUAUGGAACGAAACAUUCGCAAGAUUCACAGAUCCCAUCCACCUACGCCGAGAUAUUUUCCGGCCGACAGUGAAGACUCGCGACCAUCGCAGCGCGAAAACUUUGAUGGCUGUCGAUCUCGUACUGUGGAAUGUAAGAACGGUCAGGUUCAUACACAGUCUCCCAACGUCUCACCAUCACGGGACCAUCAACUUGUUCAUGACCGUAAUACUAGAAGAGCAGACCCCCAGCCGACGAACGAUCCAAAGUCUCGGAAACCUGAGCCUCAUUCCAGCCAGCCAAUUGCACCUACAAAAAAGUCAUAUCCGCCAGAAUCGCGCGGUCGGGCUGACUUUGUUCGGUAUCGACGUCAGGAGGAGGUGGCCAAUGCGGCCAGUGCUUUGAAGGACGAGAGCGAUGUCUCGGAUGCUGCUACAGGCCCCAAGAAACCCAGAUCGCGGCGAGGCUCUUUUUCGUCAUUGUUUUCCAGAUCCCGAAGCCGCACACGCAGCUCAAGUGAAGUACCAAAUACAACCAGCUUCAGUACAAUUGGGGCUCCUACCAAAAAGGAUUCCCCAGCCACGACCAGCUUCAGCAGUGUCGGAGGCACCAGUAAAUCAGCAACUAGCAAUGCCAAGACAUCAGGUGUUUUCCUCGACGAGGAAUACGUGCUCAAUCAACUUCACCUUGAGCUCAAUACAAAGGCUUCGGAAAGUGCUGCUCUAAGUCACAAAAGAGCUUCGUCGAAAGGACCAUCCUUCCAGGGCCUUAGAAGUGCUGCGAAAUCCGCUUUCUCCAGACACUCGAUCGCCGCUUCGGAGCCGCCAACAGGCAUUGGCAGCUUCACGGCUGCACCUAAAUUACCGUCAUCCAAGCGUGCUUCCUUGGAGGCUACCAGUCCUCACAUCUCUUCACUAAUGAAAGUUGACAGUGCUGCUGCACAGUCCAUAACUCCACGAAUCAUUCAAGAUUUUGCGCUUCCCAAACUUCCUAGCCGUUCCCCAGCCCGCUCUCUAGCGCGCUCUCCAGUACGAUUCGAAAAGGAGUCUGAAAGAAGCUCGAGAAAUUCUACACCAAAAGCUCUCACGGGAAGCAAUAGUCAGUCAAAUCACUCGAGGUCAGCUACCGAUUCCAGUGAAGAUUAUUCUACUCUUGACGAGUCUUCCAACAUUACAACCCCAAAUGUGUCUCGGCCUCAGUCUCAGAAAGACUAUUUUUCACUCAAGGGUGAAUUGAAUGGCAGCGGAGAUGCAUCCGUAAACAUUUCUGGCAGCACUUUGCAAGGCUUAAAUAAUGCCACUUCUACAACUCACAUGCCGUUGAAGGACACUGUCAGUACUCGCGACAGUUGGCGUAGAACAAGCGCAGAUUUAAAUCAUAUGGAGGAUGAAGAUCGCCUGAAAACACCGACCGAGAACAAUGCAACCUUGGACUCCACGACUACGCACGCGAACAACUCAAGUCCUCGUGUACUUCGAUUUCCAUUGACGUCUCCGAUAGACACCAGCGAUCUUAAACGUAAGCCUAGUCUUUCGCACUCUACCUCGACCCCCGAGUUGCAGGAUCUCUCGUUUCUACCUGCUCUCAAACACCAACCCCUCACCCGUCCCCCGAAGGGCAAGAGGAAGCUCGCACAUCCAGCGAACCCCCAGCACGCCUCUAAAUCACCUGAAGAAGCAGCCAAGGCGCUUGUUUGGCCCCAACCUAUCCCCAUUCCCACGACGAAAUCCGAGGGGUCAUCCCCCACUUCACCUCAAUCUUCGCAGUACCUUCACAAUGCACGCCUCUGCAUUCCCGGUGCUCAUUCACCGCCAAAGACCAGCUCUCCACCUGGUCCGCACCAUCCAAACGGACCCGAUCCUAUCGCCAAGAUGUUCGUAGUCUGCUGCCAAUGCAAGUACUUCCAUGACAUGCCCAGUAAAAUCUAUGAAUGUAUGGUGAAGCCAGACAAUGUUGUUAUGGAUAAAGACUUGGGUGUCAGUGGCGUUAUCAGCACGAAUGUAAAGUGUCCGUGGUGUGGACAUGGAAUGGGUACGAAUUGCUGUGCUGGUUAUGCCGCGGUGGUAUAUCUGAGAGAGAAACUGCACUAAGGUGUAAAUCUGGGACGUUGUUCAACGUGUAUAGGAUGGGAGAUCAAUGGCGCAAGGGGCAACGGAGCGGGUGGAGUCCUUUGGGCUGGAUGACGUGGAAGGUCAUUGAAAUGACAACUCGAACACUUCAGGGAAUCUACAGGUAAUUGAGAUAUAUGGGGAUGAGCAUAUACACAUCUUGUGAACAUCCGAUAAUGAAUAGUAGUCAGAAUAUUCUCCUGCAGUCUCGACUGGACUCCCCGAAAAGUUUACGAAGCAAGCAACAAAGGGAUCAGUGCGGUGGGCGUUAAUUAAGUAAUCCCCCUUACCAGCGAAGGCAAUGCAGAUGGAAAACAACACGAGUACCAUGAACGGAGUUUCAACGGACUAGCCUCCGAAAUCGCUAAUAUUGAUGAUGUUAGGAUGUUUAGCUGAUCACUAUUACAUCUCGUAGCUGUUGUAACUUGAAAAAAGGGAGCUCGCUUAAAUAUCGCCCCACUGUUUAAUAUAUUCCAUUGUUUACCCCUCGACCCAUGCAAUAUCAACACGUCGUCUCCCAAUUGGAGUAGAACAGAACAGCAAGGUCUCGAGGCAAGUGAAGAUGUGGUUAUAAGGCUCGCAAUUUAAGUCUUUCUCAGCUCUUACCUGCUUUCCCACGUUCCUUCGUUGCCGAAGCUACAACUAUCCCAGCAAUCUUCCGGCUACUUUCUUCGCAACAGCUCGUCCUUGAUAUUCAUACUUCCGCGUCGCUCUACCUAAGCAAUAAAUAAUAAACCAUUAUUAGAAGAAGUAGCAACACUGCUGCCAAUUCAUCGAGUACCACUUCAAUGGCUUAGUUCGCCUCCUCCUGCUUCCCUCUUCCUUCUUAUAGAGCAGUCCAGGUUAUCUCCUGGCGUCUGCUGGUCCAGUUGUCCCAUCCUAUCUGAGUGGUAUUGCGAAGAUGGGUUUUGGAGAUAUUUCACGCAGUAGUGGCUUGGUACGUGACAUAUUCGGUCUCUCUUUCUCAUGUCACUUUCUCCAAUCAUGGAGUCGCUCUGACACCCACCCCAAUAUGCGUACUCUCACUGCUACUCAACCGGUAAAGUGGCAGCCAAGCAAGAACCACUCUUCCCCGACUGUGGUACUUAGGAGUGAUUUCUCCAAUUGCAACUUGAUCUCGACAACUGUUACUUUGAAAACUGGCGUGUGCUGUGGUAGAGAACAAACAGUUCUUGGAGAAUUGCUUUAGCGCUGCUGUCUGGAACAAAAGACUCCUCGUCGAUGUUGUGGACGUCAUCCGCCAGUGGGAGGGAGUUCAAUUAGUCUUUACUGUCCAACCACUUCUCUUGCAACAAUUUGUCCAGCAAUAGCAAAAAGCAACGGCAGGAUCCGGUUCAACACCCAGCCCACAGAAAAUUACCUCCCCCUCUCCAACAAGCAGAUCAGCAACAGCUGGUCCAAGAACUAGCUGCUAUCGUCCGAUAAAAGAAGCAGACCGUCCUGCUGCGUCCGAUUCUCCACCACACUUCCUAGUCCAACCCAAGCUCCAGCCUCUGGUAUUCUAUCAUCCCCUGCCCCCUGCUUGUCCUUCGGCUCGUCCUUUUCCUUGUCCACACCCGCCUCGUUUUCCCUGGAUAUCUUCAGCAUUUACUCCAUCUCCUCCGUAUCACUUCCCUCUGUCCCUGACUCCGACUCCUGCGACGAGGCUACGGAAGUUCGGUGGCUUGGCCAGUCAGGUCAACCUUGUUGUGCGGAAGUCGGUGGUAUCGGCUUGUGGUUUCUGUAGGCGCGUUCGUGUUGUAGUGUUUUGGGGCCCUCGGCUGGUGUUGUCAGGAGAUGAAGUCGGUGGUACUGAAUUUGUGUCCUUGGCUGGCGGCUCCGAUGCUGUAUUUUUGCUUCUCUUGGUGUUUGUUAUCCCUUUGAUACACAUUUCCAUAAUGAAAAUUUAUUAUUUUCAUACUUCCUGUCGAAAGAAGUAAACGCUUUUGAUUUUCCUUCCCUUGAUCCCUCACUCUGUAUGCUGGAUGUAAUAAGUCGGUUCGAAGAGGGGCAUUUGAUUUCAGGAGAUAGUCACGACUGUUCUGAGUAUAGUAAGAUGUCUGGGUCAAGUAAAUCUGCCCAUCAAAUCCUGCUAGCAAAUAACACAAACCGGCGCAGACAGCAAGUAAAUUAUAACGUCUUUGGCAAUUCAGUGCUCAUUAAAAUAGACUCUUGU